AUGUUUCUCGAUCUACUGCCCCACGGUCUCAUGCCUAAUUUCUGUGCGUGUGCGUGCGCCAGGUACAUGCACGAGAAGAAUCGCAAGCUUCGCCUGCAGUUUGAGGGGGAGGCAGCUGCCGGCCUGCUCUGGCAACCACAGCUGCCAUCCCACGUGCCAGUCUCGUCCCAGCAGCUCGCCUCUCUGCACAGCUUCGCUGCUCCCAAACCGGCUGUACCUGGUGCAGGCUGGACUCCUCAUGAACCUUUGCCUGACAGCAUAAAGGCACUUGGGCAGGUGCCUGCCAUUACUGCUGCUGCUUAUGGUGCUGGCGGUGUUGGUGCUAGUGGAAACGGAGGGGAGGUUGAACUGGAUGGUGGCUGGCAUGUGCCAUGUGAUCCCAGGGUUCCAGAUGAGGGUUGGGCAGGUACACGUUGGGAAGGGGAGGAUGCGGCGAGCAAGGCGGGCAUGGUAGCUGGUGAUGCGCGGCAUGUGGAGUCAUGGCAGGGCGGAGUGAGUGGCGGCAAUGUGGGCUAUGAAAAGAAUGAGGGAGCGGGGGCUGGUGAAGCAGCGUUGCAAGGGGUGCAGAGCGGUGCAUCGGGUAGCAUUGCGUCUCGCCUGUUUGAAGGAGUGGUCAUCUGGGUGAAUGGAUACACGCAGCCCACACACCAGGAGCUACGGCAGCUGAUGCUGGUGCAUGGAGGUGUGUUUGAGAACUACUACCACGCCUCCCGCGUCACGCACAUCAUCUGCGCCAACUUUGCAGACACCAAGCUCGUCCAGUUCCGCAAGUCGCGUACCCUGCCUCCUGUUGUGCACCCCAACUGGGUUGUUGCCUGCAUCCAUGCCAACAGACUGCUUCCCUUGGGCUCAUUCUUGCUGCGUCGCCUGGCCUUGGACCAUCCAGAUCAGAAGACCCUCCCCUCUACUUUCUUCCGCGCUAAAACCGCACCCCAACCCUCGUCCUCGCACUCUCCUGCUCGCAUUGCUGCUGUUCCUGCGAAUCAGGUUUCUCUAUCUGCACCUCUUGCCAUUGCCGCUGCGCCUGCUGGUUCUGCUGCCAACGCAGCUGCUACCGUCGGUUCUACUGGGACUGCUUUUGCACCCUGCACCCCCUGCCUGACCCACGGGCUAGACUUGCAUGCAGCAGACGCAGAGGCAGGGGCAGUGGCAGCAGCAGCAGCGUGUGCCAGAACACAGGCAACUGUGAUUGAUCAAGGGGGUGUAUGGGGCACACGUAUGGAUGGGGGGAGAGAGAAGCAAGACGGGUGGGCAGAGGCAGAGGCUGCAGACCGGAUGGCAGAGGGUGCAAAAAAGGAGGUGGGGGAUGAAAAGGCAGGUGCAGCAUGGGGUGACUGGUUGGGUGAGUGCGUGUAUGGUGAUGCCAUGACCAAGGUUAAGGCGCCUCAAGAAUUGUCCUGUUGUAAUGUUAAGAAAGCAGGUAUGGGUGAUGUGUGCGGGGUGGGGAUGGGAGAUGGGAGAUGUGCGGGGAGGAAGCUGGAGAUGGGUGCAUGGGAUGGCGUCUGUGGGGAUGCUGCUGGAAAGAAGGACGGUGUGAGUGAUGCGGACAAAAUUGGAGGGAGAGAUGAGGUGGGUAAGAUGGGAGGAGAGGGAGGGGAGGGCGAUCAGGGAGGGCAGGGAGAGCAGGGAGAGCAGGGAGGAGAGCGAAGAGUUAAGGAUGUGUGGGCAGAGUUUCCAGAGGAGAUGGAGGAGGAGGUUUGGGCUGCUGUGGAGGAAGCGUGCAGGAUGAGGAAGCGAGAGAAGGGGGAGGAGGAGUGUGGGGGGAUCGGGAACGGAGAGAAGGAAGGGGGCGAAAGGAGUAGAGUGCAAUGUUCAGUGGUUAAGUGUGGUGUGUUGAGUGGAGUAAUUGUCAAGGAUGAGGCGAUGGGAGCAGGAAAGGAAAAUGGUAAGGACAAUGAGAGGGAGGCACGAACAGGGGGCGAGGUGGAGCAGGUUGGGGUUAUGUCAGAAGCGGAGGAUGCGCGUGGAAGUGGUGUGCUGAGAGGGGAAGGGGAGGCUGCUGUGGUGGAUGGAUGGAACGGUGUGAAGAGCGUGCGGGCUGGUGUGGCAGCAAAGGUGGAAUUUGAAGCACCACAUGCUGGGAGUGCAGGCGGGCAUGCUGGGAGUGCAGCAGGGCAUGCUGGGAGUGCAGGCGGGACAACUGUGUGCGGCCCGGGCAGUGGCAUCUGCACUGAUGCGCGGGUGGGUACCAGCAAGCGUGCAGUGCCGCCGAGGGAGGCAAGGGGAGAGGGCAGUGCGGAAGAACCCCUGGGUGCAGGCGGGGUGGUUGCCAAGAUGGAGGACAGAGUAGACAGCGGGGCAGAAUGGGCGAGGGACGACAGUGGGCAAGGCUGGCGUGGUGCUUCUGGGACUGAGAGCCAUUGUGCGGGGUCUGGGCAGAGUGGUGCAGGGCAGGGUGGUGCAGGGCAGGGUGGUGCGGCAGAGCGGGAUGCAGCAGGAGCGGAGGGUCAAGGGGGGAUGGGGGCGGGGAGUGGGGAUAAGGCGCAGCAGGACAGUGUGAAGGUGGAGGUGGAGGGAGGGCCUGGGCAGAAGGGCAGCAGUGUGGUGGGGACGGGGGUGGAGAGGGUGGUGGGGCAGGGGAGGGCGAGCAGCAGUGGGAGAGGGCGGGCGCACAGCACACAGACGGACCCCAACUUCGUGCAGAACUACUUUCGGCACUCGCGGCUGCACUUCAUAGGGUCCUGGCGCAACCGCUACCGGCCACCUGCAGCAAGAGCAACAGGCGAUGGAGCAGAGGGGACAGAGGAGGCAGGACGGGGGACAGGAGCUGAGGAGGAACCUGAGGAAGGCGACAAGGAGGAAAUGGCCCUUGAGCGAUACAUGCCUCACACCGGCGCAUUAUGGAAUGCAGAAACGGGUGCGGGAAGCAAGGCGGGUGCAGGCAGCAAGGAGGGCGUGGAAGCUUAUAAGCCUGGCAAGGAGCAGCAGGUGGAGCGGGUGGUGGUGCAUGUAGACAUGGACUGUUUCUUUGUGGCUGUCUCGCUGCUCUCCCACCCGCACCUCCGAGGGAAGCCCGUUGCUGUGUGCUAUGGUGGCAGGGGCAGGCGUGCAGGGAGGAAUGCCCCUGCUGCUGCUCACUCCACAGCAGGUGCUGCAGACGCGGGUGGCUUGGGAGUGGGAGUUGGAGCAGGAGCGAGCUAUGACGCGCGUGCGUUUGGGGUGCGCGCGGGCAUGUUCCUGCGCGAGGCCAGGCGCCGCUGCCCACAGCUGCAGCUGCUGCCCUAUGACUUUGAGGCGUAUGAACGGGUGGCGGAUGAGUGUCUUAGUUGCGAUGAAGCCCUGCUGGAGCUCCCACCGAUCAGUAACACCAGCACCAGCAGCAGCAGCACUGCAGCAGGAGCAGCAGCAGCAGCAGCAGCAGACCCUGAGGCGGUGGUGGCGCGCAUGCGGGCGGAGAUAGAGGCGCGAACAAGGUGCACUGCCAGCGCUGGCAUCGCGCACAACAUCAUGCUUGCUCGAGUCGCCACGCGGAAAGCCAAGCCCAAUGGGCAGUUCCGCAUCACCAAGGACAAGGCGCUGGACUUCCUGCACGACCUGCCAGUGUCGGACCUGCAUGGCGUGGGCUGGGUGCUCUCCUCCAAGCUGCACGCCGCCUCCAUCCACACGUGUGGGGACCUGCGCGCCCUCUCCCGCGCCUCUCUCCAGGCAGAGCACGGGGUCAAGACGGGGGACAUGCUGUGGCGCUAUGCCCGAGGCAUGGACGAUCGGGCUGUUGUGCCGGCAGGGGGUAAGGGUAAGAACAAUCAGCAGCAAGCGCCUGUGGCUGCUGCAAGGAAGAGCAUAGGCGCCGAUGUUAACUGGGGGGUGCGGUUCCGGGGGCAGGAAGACGCGGAGAAGUUUCUGCGGGACUUGGUGGGGGAGGUGUGUGGGCGGUUGGAUGCAGCGGGUGUGGCGGGGCGGUCGGUGUGUGUGAAGGUGAUGGUACGGGCGAAAGGGGAACCCGUGGAGCCUCUCAAGUUCAUGGGGCACGGUCGCUGCGACACCUACAGUCGGUCUAGGAGUCUAGGGCCUGCUGCUACUGCGGACCCGAACGCUCUUUUUCGGGCUGCCCGGGCACUGUUUUUGGCGGUUGGGGCGAAUGCGGUGGAUGUGAGGGGGGUCGGUUUGCAGGUUUAUAGGCUGGAGCCUGUUGGGGGGAAGGGGCUAGGAUGUGGGGCGUUUGGGAGUAUUGAGAGGGUGUGUAAGAAGUCAAGGGUUUCAAUGUUACAGAGGAGAGAGGUGGAGGAGGAGAGGCAUGAGGAGGAGGAUGGAGAGGAGGUGAAAGGAGAAGUGGCAGGGGAAAGGGGAGGGCUGGUAGGCGUGGAAGGGGAUGGGGAGAAGGGGAGUGGGCGUGGGGUUUGGGAGCGGACUGAAGGGGCGUUGAAGGAGGAGGAAGGUAUGGAACGGGAGUGGAAGGGUGUGGAUUUGCGAUAUAGAGUUGGUAUGGACAAUAAAAUGGUUAAGGAGGAGAGGCUGGAGGAAGUGGAAUCAGAGGUGGAGGAGCAGGAGGAGAGGAGGAAUCAGGAGGAGCAAGGGAAGCAGGAGGAGCAUGAUGAGGAUAAGAAGAGAAAGCAUGAGGAGCAAGAGGUGAACAUGAAACAGGAGUGGCAGGGGGAGGAGGCGGAGGAGAAGGGGAAAGUGACAGAAGCAGUGGUGGCAAGAGCAGAUGUUGGUAGGCAAGGUGGCAUGAUUGGAGAAAGGCUGGUGGGUGGGGAUCGGGUGAUGCAAUCGCAAUCGCAAUCGCAAGAAGAUGCAGUGAUGCGCAUGGGGCGCAAGGUGGUUGCGGAGAAGCAAGUGCAAGGGAGUGUCAUGGAGGAUGAGGUGGUGUGUGGUGCCAGAGGGGUGGGCGCAGUCACAGAGCCAUGCGACAGCUCCCUAAGGAAUAAUGGUGCGAGUAGCAGAUGCAAUGGGGGAGAGAGGUUUGAAGGGAGAGGAGAGGCGGGUGGCGUAGAAGCAGCAGCUGUUAGUCAGCAUGGCUUUGCAAGGAGGGUGGAUGAUUCAGCACAUGUGCUCCCACCAAUGUCGCAGUGGGAUGCUUCGCAGCAGGAGGAGCAGCAGACUGGGUCGAGGCAAAAGCAGACCACUCUCCUCUCCAUGUUCCCCCGUGCAACCCCCGAACGAACAGCACCACCCGAGGGGCAGCAGCAGCUGUCAUCUGCACCCCUUCAUCAGGCCUCCGUCUCUGCUGCGCGCCCUGCUUCCUCCGCCUGUUCCGUUCCUCUCUCUCAUGCCGACUCCCGCAUGCGUUUUCACUUAGAAGGCGAGGGAAGAUCUGUGGGUGGAUCGGGGCCUGCUUCAGUGGUGGCAAGGCAGUCGAGCAGUACAGCUGGGGUGGGUUCGGAGCUGCAUGCUGGUGGAGCUUCAUCAAGAACAGACCCAGUAGACCCAGCACUGGCAGGAGCGGCAGUAGAGGCAGGAGAGGCGGCAGCAGUAGAGGCAGCAACGCCUGGUGCAGGUGUGCAGCAUGUGGGGUUGUCCCUGUCUCAGAUCGACCCUUCAGUGCUUGCUGAGCUCUCUCCCUCGCUGCAGCGGGAGAUUCUGGCCAGCCUGGGAGCAGCUAGGGUGCACGAGCGGGAGCAUAAUAGCACGAGGAGGGCUCAGUGCGCCAGUGCCGGGGCGUGUGAGGAAACAGAGCCAGGGCGGUUGAAUGAGGGCACUGCUGCUUGUGCUGGUGCAGGUCGUGCUGCUUGUAGUGCUGCACGUGGCGUGGCUUGUGGUGCUGCAUGUUGCGCAACCCGUGCCGUUUUAUCGAUGGGGGAAGCCAGAGGUGGUGGGGCGAGUGAAGGCAACACUUUGGUGCAGCGAGACUUGGAAGAGGCACAUGCAGUCAUCAAGGCAAUUAACAGCUUGGGCCACCGUUCUUCUUUCUGGGCACAUGUCAAGGCAACUCUGCACCCACAAUUUCAGGCGCACAUGGCUGAUGCAUACACAGGAGAGUUGGAGAUGUAA